GAAGCAACUUCACGGUUUCAACCUCAUCAUAAUCGCACUCCUUCGCAGAUCGUGUCGCGUUUAGCUUUCAAAAAAGAUGGCAAACAAUGAGGAUGGGAGCGAAAAGACUUCUCGUGGGAAUGAAUGGGAGGUUGUAUCUCUCACGGCAUCAACAUAUGCAGCUGCUCCUGGUCCUGAUGAAGUUGAGUCGAAGGAUGAUGGGAAAGAAGAUGUAUAUGCACAGGAUGAAGCAGAAACAUCACGUGCUUUGUUCAUGUCCGAUCACUUUGUCUUUCCACCCAGUCAGCAUGAAAACUUGCCCUUAGAACCUGACUAUAGUGAAAUUCAUGAUGAAUCUGGCAACAAAGAUGUUGCCUCUGAGGAGACUCAUGAAGAAGUGACCGUACCUAGUGGAAAGGAUGAAGAAAACAUGACAUUAGCAGGAUUAGAGGAGUUUGACGGCAUGCAAUAUUUUGAUGAGAAAAUCAACAGGUUAUCUGUUCAAGGUAAACAGUUUGAGGAAGGUACAACUCUACCAGGUUUUGGUUUAACUGAGAAAGGGGAAAGUAUGUAUGAUCCCACAAAGUACACUUCUUUCCAUGGUGAAACAACUAUUGGUGGUGUAACAGCAUACGAUGAAAGUAUAGUUGAUCCUGAAACAACUGAAUUGGCAGAGCAAGGGUCAAAUAUAUCUCCUGAUUUAUCACUGUCAAAGAACUCUUCCAAAGAUGACAAAUACAGCCCUUCAGAUCUUCCAUGUGGAGCUUGGUGGAAACGAAGAGCUGCCUCCUUGUAUGCUCAUGCAAAAGAGGCAAAUGCAUUCUGGUCUGUUUUCAUUGCAGCUACUGUGAUGGGCCUUGUAAUGCUUGGCCAACGCUGGCAGCAGGAAAGAGCUUUACAACUAAAGUGGCAAAUCAGUCUAAAUGAUGAGGCAAGGAAUAAGGUGCUUGCUCCCAUAUUUCGACUCAAAGAUGUGAUUGUUGGGGGCCACCGUCGUGGCUCCUUGAUCAGGGGAAGCACCUCUGGUGAGAGUUAAGGUAAAGGUGGCUCAAUGCAUGUGGCUCCUAUCCUUGUGGUAAAAGCUAAGAUGAUGACGAAAAAAGUAUGUCAGAGGGAGGUUGAGAAUGAAAAAUGCUACAGUAGUGAAGUGCAGAUUUGGUAGUAGGAUUGGUGACCUUUCCCAAUUAUGAAUGCCCGGUUGUUUAAACAUUUUAUAUCGUGAAUUUUCUCCUUCUUGGCAUUUAUUUGCACUGUAUAGCUCUUGAUGUUAUUCAACUGAGUAAGUUAUGUAUUCUGAUCAUGUGGAAUUGGCAUUUUAGACUCCAAACACGAGAUGUAAAUAAAGUGAUAGCUUUAAUGGUGGGUGUUUUUCCUCUGGACCCUAGCAGUGGGUGCAGAGUCUUGCUAAUGGGAAUGAAAUAGGUGAAUCCAAUCAUAUCUGCCUUUUAUUUACUCGCAUUGAAUUUUUUAAGACUUUGUUUGGAAGUUAGUUUUUAGAAAGAAGGAGAGGGAAGGGAAAGAGUUAUGUGAUGAUUAUUUUUAUUUGGGAGUUUUAAGAUAAGAGGAGGAGGGUUUAUAAAACUUCCAAAACUCUCCUAAUCUUAUGUUUUUAAAUUUUUUUCAAUUUAGGAGGUUUUGUAUUUAUCCUCUUCCCUUCCUUUUCAUCCCUUACCCUUCAAACUCUUUCUUUUCCUAUUCAACUCUUUGAAUAUUCUUCGUCAUAGAUCAUAUGAUGUGUGCAUCCACUCUAAAUUAACUAACUUUCACUAUUAUUGCUUAUGGAAAACAAGUUGUUGCAAAUAACUACUACUCCUCUUGUUGAUUAGCUAUUUGAGCCUUAGUUUGAAGUUGAUUUUAGUUCUUGCAAAUUUUUGCAAUAUGACCAAGCCAAUUGCAUUUGUGCAGUGUUUAUUAGGUCUCUUUAAGCAUUUGAAGUGAGGAUGAUUCCUCUUUUUAUAGUGUUGAUAAGGAGGAUCAUUUGCCUUCUCAUCUUCUCCUUUAGUGCCUUUGUUAGAACACUCUUUUUGCUCGAAGUUGUCCCUUGAACCUUCUUUUUCUUUUCUUUAUACCCAUAAUUGAGUUUCAAUUUGGCCUAUAACAUACCUUCAAUCACGCCUCUCUCAUAAAUCUUUUUGUUUUUGAGCUUGCAAAGCAUACAACAAUUAUUCGAGGGUGAUAAUUGACAAAUCUUUAGAAUUUUUCUUUGACUUUCGCAUUUUCUUCAUUCCUCUGUUGGGUAGAAUUAUGCCUUUGACUUUUGCUAUUUUUUAGUAACAAACCAAUCUCAUAGAUCAAUUCUUACUCAAAAACUAGUAGUGUUUUGCCUAGAUUAUAUAUUGUAUUUUCAAUUUUCAAAGUACAUGUUGGAGUGUUUAGUGAACUCUCAGUCUUAUCAAGUACCUCAAGAACAAAUAAAGCUUUGAUUACUAGUUGUUG